CAUCGAGGACGCUGUAUCAUAGCUUGAUCUGACAAGUCUCGAUUUUACGAGAAUGCCUCCUAAAGCGAGUGGUAAGGCUGUAAAGAAGGCUGGUAAGGCCCAGAAGAAUAUCAGCAAGACCGACAAGAAAAAGAAGAGGAAGAGGAAGGAAAGUUAUGCUAUUUACAUCUACAAAGUACUGAAGCAAGUACACCCGGACACGGGAAUUUCCAGCAAAGCCAUGAGCAUCAUGAACAGCUUUGUAAACGAUGUAUUUGAAAGAAUCGCCGCGGAAGCGUCGAGAUUGGCGCAUUACAACAAGCGCUCGACCAUUACUUCCCGCGAGAUACAAACUGCUGUAAGGCUCUUGUUGCCAGGUGAAUUGGCCAAGCACGCAGUCAGUGAAGGCACCAAGGCAGUCACCAAAUACACCAGCUCCAAAUAAAUUGCCAAUUGCCUUGAGUAUAUAAACGGCCCUUUUCAGGGCCAAAAAAUGUUUCCAACGUUGAUUCCCCUAGGUUUUGCAUCAAAUUAUGCUAUAUAAU